AGAGUCGUCCCAAUAUCCAGGAAUUUGCAAUGCCAUGGAUCACCACAUUAAGAAAUUCCAAGGAUUCGCUGUGACAACCAUAAUAUAAUAACCCCUUGGAACCCUGGUGAUGAACCUAAACCAUGGCCCCCAAACCUUACAUUUUCCUAAUAAUAGCCUUGCUCUUCAUCUUCUUGCCUUUAACCACUUCCAUUCACUUCAAACUACCAGCAAUUUUCAACUUUGGCGAUUCUAAUUCGGACACCGGUGAGCUAGUCGCUGCUGGGGUUUAUAGCCUUGAACCACCUUAUGGUCGAAGUUACUUCACAAAACCAUCGGGGAGAUAUUGCGAUGGCCGUCUCAUCAUCGAUUUCCUCUUGGAAGCAAUGGAUCUGCCAUUCCUAAAUGCUUACCUGGAUUCGAUCGGCAGGACGAGUUUCCGAAAAGGGUGCAAUUUUGCAGCUGCAGGAUCGACUAUUGAACCACCUACUGCACGAGCUGUUAGUCCAUUUUCUUUCCGAGUUCAAGUGGCUCAGUUUAUACGGUUCAAACUCCAGGUUCUCAGAUUGAUAGCUAAAGGUAAAAAGCUUCACAAAUACCUUCCAGACGAAGAUUAUUUCCAGAACGGCCUUUACAUGUUUGAUAUUGGCCAGAAUGAUCUUGCGGGCGCAUUUUAUUCUAAAACUUUUGAUCAAAUACUUGCUUUAAUUCCUUCGAUCUUGACAGAAUUCGAAACCGGAAUAAAGACACUGUAUGAUCAAGGGGCUAGGAAUUUCUGGGUACAUAACACGGGACCUCUCGGAUGCUUAGCUCAAAAUGUUGCCAAAUUCGGAACUGAUCCAUCGAGCCUCGAUGAGCUGGGAUGUGUUAACAAGCAUAACCAAGCUGCUAAAGUCUUCAAUCUGCAACUUCAUACCCUCUGUAAAAAAUUGCAGGGCCAGUAUGCGGGCUCGAACUUCACAUAUGUUGACAUCUACACGAUAAAAUGGAACCUUAUAGCAAAUUAUUCCAAAUUCGGAUUUGAGCAGCCAAUAAUGGUUUGCUGCGGAUAUGGAGGUCCACCGUUGAAUUACGACAGCCGGAUCGGUUGCGGGAAAACAGAAGUCUUGAAUGGAACCACAAUGACAGCCAAAGCAUGCAGUGACAGUUCAGAAUAUGUUAACUGGGACGGAAUUCAUUAUUCGGAAGCUGCAAAUCAGUAUGUUUCAUCACAAAUACUCACCGGAAAGUACUCGGAUCCACCCUUCUCGGACAAAAUGCCAUUCCUCCUUGGUCUAAAGUUCUGAAGACCUUAUUUACUCAUUGCUGUAACUGAUCCAUAAAAUAAUAGCACUUGUAAAUGAAAUGGUGUUAAAAUCAUUCAUCUUGA